GAAACUACAUCGACUACCUACGAGACACUGAUAGUGGGUUCUAAUCAUAAGUAACAUAGAAGAAACAGAGGGAGAAGAAAGACAGUGAAUUGGUUGGAAGGGGAAAGGGUUUUCAAACUCUUGUUCUUCAAAGUUCUACUAUCAAUUGAAUCGGUGGAGAUUGAGAGGCAAACACGGUAGUCCCGAAGCCCUUUGGAGGUUCUUCAAAGCCAUACGCUGUGUCGACCUACACAAAACAGAGAGAGGAUCUUGCUGUGAGAGGCAAAUGGUACACUCAUCUUUUCGGCGGCAAGACUAAUUUGACGUUGGCGGUGUGAUUGGAGUGGCUGUGGGUAAUUUCACUCUACCUAAAACCCCAAUCCAACAAAGAAAGAGAAAAGAAUUUGAUGAACAAUCAAAAAAUCUGAAGAGUCUUUUUGUGUUCCUAUGAAUUUUGAUGGGUCUACGAGAAGCUUCAACAACUCAAGAGAUGAUUCUCUUCAAGGGACCAUAUCUCUAGGUCUUGGAUUUCUUGUUUCAAAUAGGGAACGAGGCCAGGGAGGUGGAAGUGUACUUCAAGUUGAUGUGGUGAGUUUUUCGAGCAGAACUUUCAGAUUCAAGUUGGGGAUGGAUCUAGAACCAAAUUCUGGCAUGAUAAGUGGUGUGGGAAGCUAUGCCUCAAGAGAGAAUUCUCUGGUUUGUUCAGUUUUGCUCAAUCUAAGGAAGGUUCUGUCAAGCAUUACUUUGAUUUAAAAGGAAAUUCAGUAGAAUGGGUGAUACCGUUUAGAAGGGCUUUGUAUGAGUGAGAGGAGUUGGAUGCAUCAAGAUUGAGAAUUCUUCUAGCAGCAGCCCCUUCCCUCAGACCUGGCUGUGCUGAUGUACCUUGUUGGGCGGCGGCAUCCUCAGGUGUGUAUUCCACAUCCUCUGUGUAUAAAUUCUGCUCUGAUAGCUUUGGUUCCUCAGCUAGAGGUUGCAGGUUGGUGUGGGUGAAGUAUAUCCCACACAAAGUUCAAUUCUUUGGAUGGUUAGCUUGGAAGGACAAAGUAAAAUCUCCUGAGUUUCUACAGAAAAUUGGGGUCUUGAGUAGCAACUCAGAUAUUAAAUGUACCUUUUGCAAAUCUGAGCCUGAAUCUACUCGCCAUGUCCUUCUGCUGUGUCAUUUCUCCUGGCAUAUCUGGGCUGCUAUGCUAAAGUGAUGGGGAUUUGUUGGGGCAUUGCCGGAUGCAGUGGAAAAGGUGCUUAUCUGGUGGGAUGGAGCCAAAGUUAGGAAAUCAGAGAGAGCGUUAUGGAAAAGUAUUCCUCUAGCAGUGUUGUGGUCUAUUUGGAAGCUCAGAAACGAGUGUAAAUUCAAGCACUCAAAUCCUAGCCUUGUUGAAGUCAUUGAGUUGAUCAAGAUUAGAGUUGCUAUAUGGGCGAAGUCAUCACAUAAUCUAGCCCAGUUUUCAGUUAAUGAUUUUAUCUUUAACAUGAAUCAAAUUAGAUUUUGCAUCAGUGGUCAUGGGCCUGUGUGACUGCUGCUGAGUAGUGGGUUUUUGGCUGCUGGGGUUGUUCUAGUUUGUUUGUUAGGGUUGUUCUGCUGUGGGUAUAUUCAUUGUUGUCUUGCUCCAGCUUAGGAUUGCCAAGGGUUUGUUCCAGCUUGCAGAGUGGAGGUUACAAAUAGAUAGGCUGUUUGCUGUAGUGUCCUGCUGUGGUGUUGCUCAAGUAGUAAGGGGAGUUUUGUUCUCUGUAUGCAUUCUGAAUUAAGGAAAGUGUUGCUGGGGCUUCUAAGUAUUGCAGGGGUCUGUUGCUAACUGCUGGUAUGCUGGGGCUACUUAGUGUGGCUCUGCUGAUGGUUCUGCUGCUAAGUGAUUUCUGCUGUCAUGUUUGUUGGGCUGAUUUGCUUGGGCUACCAAUCUGUCUAGGCACUAUGGACCUGAACUGCUUGAGGAGUGGGGCUUUUGAUUCUAUUCCUUGUUGUUUCCUGCUGCUAAGAGCAGAAUGUCAGCUUCAACAUCUAAUAUUUUGUCUACUGAUCACUGUAUGAGGAGAGAGUAUGCUUGAAUCUAGAUCUGCUGCUAUAGGAUUGUGUCUAAUAUGCAUCAACUGUAUGAGGGGAGAGUAGUACUGUGGAUUGCUGCUGGUCUGCUGAUGGAAACAAGGGAGUAGAUCUAUUCUCUGCUGGUCUGUUGAGGUGUUUUGGUGCAAGGGAUUUCUGUUGUCAUGUUUGUUGAGCGGAUUUGCUUGGGCUACCAAUCUGUCUAGGCACUAUGGACCUGAACUGAUUAAGGAAUGGGGCUUUUGAUUCUAUUCCUAGUUGUUUCCUACUGCUAAGAGCAAAAUGUCAGCUUCAACAUCUCACAUUUUGUCUAUUGAUCACUGUAUGAGGAGAGAGUAUGCCUGAAUCUGGAUCUGCUGUUAUAGGAUUGUGUCUAAUAUGCAUCAACUGUAUUAGGGGAGAGUAGUACUCUGUUAUGAUUUUCUGUCUAGAAGGAUAAUGGAAAUUCUAUUUGAGAUAUUGAAAGGUUUUGACACUAUAUUGAUGCUGUUAGAAUGAACAAAUUGCUUGAUGACGAGAAUAAAGAGGAUAAAACGUUCUGGAAUCAGGAGGCUCUCAAAGAGGAAGAAAAUGAUGAAAAUUACGAAGAAGGGGAGGUUGUGGAUGUUUUUGAUGGUGACUUUGAUGAUGAUGAACCUGAACCAGAUGAAGAAGUAGAAAAUGAAGCAGAUGACAGAAUGCGGACAAAGAAGAUACUAAUAUUUCCUGGAAAGCAAUUGCCAAAGAAGAAGACGAAAAAGAAGGUUCUUUCAAAUCUUGGAAAGGCUCCCCAGGAUGAUGAAACUGCUGAGCAAUCUACGCUACCUGAACAUCAUGAUGCACCCGAUGACGUAGAAGUGGAGAGAAUAGUUAGAAAAUCUACAAGAACUUCAGUUAUUGUUAGGCAAGCUGAAAGAGAUGCAAUACGUGCAGCUUUGCAAGCAACAAUGAAGGGAAAAUAACUUCAUUGUUGUCAUCAUUUUCUGGCUGAUGCUUGUUGGGCGGCUGCUGCUGCUGCUGCAAUGUUGCUGUGAGGCGGCUGCUGCAAUGUUGCUGUGAGGCGGCUGUUAUUAGAUGUUGGUCUGCUGGAUAAGUUUGUGGGUGAUUUUCGUGCCGUUUUGCCUGUCUUUGUUCGGUUCAUGUUUUCAUUUUGUUAUAUUUUGUUUCUAAUGUGGGUUCGCAAUUUGGAUGUAUUUGGGUAUUUUAGUGAGUUUACCCUUUUAGGUUUUAUACACUGCUUCUAAAAGCAGUAUCGGUAGUGUUUUUUUGCUUGCACAUCAACUUUAGGUGAUUUCAUAAUAUAAUGUUAUUAGUUUAUAAUAGUAGUGCCUGAGGGAUGCCUCUUGUAAAUUUGUAAAUCUUAUAAAAAUAUAUAAAUUAUUUUUAAUUAUUUUUGUUGGUAAA